AUGGAUGAUUAUAAGAUAAUUGAUAAUAUUCCCGAGCAACUUUUAUGUGACUGUACUUCGAAAGCAAGAUGCCUUGAAGCAGGUAUAAGAUAUCUCCGCAUUCGAUGCCAUGUCUUGAAAUACAAAUGGAAUAAUUCGAAAAAGCUACCCUCGCUAGGGUCUCUUGUUAGAGAGCAGAUAGCCAGAGAGAAAGAUGGAAUCAUGGCGAUGAUUCAACCCGCUGAUCGAGAGCCGGAGCCGACGCAGAAAUAUAACGGUUCCGAUAAGUUCCCGAAGGGGAUGAAGAAGGAGGUUUCGAAGCCGGCUGAAGUAAAUGAAGUGACAGCGACCGCCAUAACAACGCCGAUCGCAGGGUCAUCCAAGAAGCGAGGAAGGAAGGCGAAGAUAUUCUUUGAUGAAUUGGUUGAACCGGCAGAAACUAUAGCGUCAAUGCACAAUAUUUCGAAGCGCCGACACAAUAGCUCGCCGCUAAUGAAAAAAGUGUUGGAGAAGUCUGUUGCGGCCUCAGUGACUACGUCCGCUAUUCCACCGGCAGAUCCUAUACAUUCAACUUCAGCUGAUCCAAUUCCGCUAGCUCAGUCAACUUCGACUGCUCCAAUUCCACCGGCUCCUUCUUGUUCACCAAAAUCUUACAAAAGAUCAUCGGAGUUGCAGAGGGCAUCAUCAAGUAAAAAAACAGAAGACAAUCACAUCAUCCAACGCAACUGCUGCUGUGUACAGAAAGAGCAUCCCGAACAGUUGAAAUCCAAGGCUAAGGAGGAUGCUAAAGAAUACCACCAAGAAUAUGCGGCAGCUAAAAAAGCUAUUUUGAUAAAUGGACAAGACAGGCAGCAUACGGAAUUGGAGAUGUUGCAAAGGGAACGUUGGCUUGUUGAUCUUGGUGCAAACUCUGAAGAAGCAUUUUGUGAAAUAUGUCAAAGUCAAAUUAGAGCCCACAAAACCGAUUUAAUUCGCCAUACUAAGUCAAAACUUCAUUUGAAUGCAAGUUCAAAAAUAAAUGUAAGACCAGGAAAUCAAAUAACUAAACACAUGAAAGUUGUUUCCUCUGGAGCUAAAGUUAUGGAUCUCAUGAUAGAGGCUCAUAUUGCUUGUCAUUCAUCAAUCACAUCUGUAGAUCACUUAGAGGAUCUCCUGGAAGAUGUUAGUGAUGCAAAAUAUUCUCCAAUAGUGGAUGAAAGCACAGAUGUAACGACUAAGAAAUAUUUAUGUUUAUGCAUAAGGUAUUUCAGUGCUAAGCAGUGUGACGUAAAAACUGAUUUUCUAGUUCAACUAGAAGUUGAAAAAGUCACUGCUGAACAAUUGUAUCUGACUUUGACAAAAUAUUUGAAAACUUCGAAACCAGAUGUUGAAAAUUUGGUGGGAUUAGGCACAUAUGGGGCAAAUAACUUAUGUGAAAGAAAUAAUUCUCUAUUCACAUUGCUCAGAGCAGAUAGUCCUAACUUGCAAAUUGUGAAAUGUAUUUACCAUUCUCUAAAUGCAGUAAGUUAA